GAGCAUAAACUUUUGCGAUAGAUUUCCCACUCAGCGAGUCCUGCUCACCAGGUCCCGCGCUCCUCGCCGAAUUCUGCGCGAUCCCGCCGACGGCAGAAGCUUUCGCCUCGCCUCAUGUCACCACGACGCCAAACUGAAACGUUUUCUGCGCCAUGCCUCCUAGUUUUCUGAGACGUCUUUAGAAUCCUAGCUUCUUCCGCGGUCAUCCCGCUGACGGGAGAUCUCACCUCGCCUCCCGCCUUUCUUCCUGCGCUAUCCACAAGGAGCGGGUCUCGCGUCGCCUCAUGCCGCCAUGGCGGCCGUCCUUUGCGGCGCUCGUGCGGCCCUCUGUUCACCUGCUGCUGCUGCUCGUCUGCCUCUCGCAGGCGUACUUCCUCUGGUCGGGGAUCAGCUUCGGCUCCUACACAAGUGCCGCCCAUCCUCGUGCAGGCGACUGCGACAUGCAAUGGCAAGGGCUGUCAUCGCAACAGGUGUCGCUGCGUGAUUCGCCGGGGAGAGCAUUAGGCGUGGACGAAUCAGUGAUGCCGGCAGCAGGUGAAGCGGGCAGCACAGGGGUUCGCACAGAAUCUCUCUCAGCGAAUGGUGCAGCCGGGCUGAUUCGUUUGGAGCGUGUCCUUAAAACGAGGAUAGCUACAGUGGAUGCCAUGCUGAAGAGCUUACAGCAAGAGAAGGCUGAAAUGCGACAGGGGAGGGAAGCAGUGGAGGAAAGGGGGAAGGAAGACAGGGCGCAGGGGAAAGGCGAGCGGGGCGGAGAGGAGGAAGAGGAUGAUGAUUUGCUGUCGUGGGUUGAUGCUGCUGCUGGUGGCGGCAGUGGCAGUGGAGGAGGGGAUGGGAAGGAAUUGGUGGUGGAGGGAGAUGAGGCGAAACUUGAUGAUGAGGAGAAGGCGAAUGAGAGGGAAAAGGUAGCCAACUCCACUCUUCUCUCUUCCCCGCCCACCUCCCUCCCUCCCCACCUCUCCCUCCUCCUCUCCCACCUCACUCCCUCCCACCUGCCCCCAGUCUGCCGCACCAACCCCAUAACCCACUCCCUCUCCCCCAUCACCUCCUCUCUCUUCCCCCCUCCCCCUCGCCUUAUCCCCUGGACCCCGCACCCCCACCGCUACCUUCUUGCAACCUGCUCCUAUGGCCGCACGUCCAACCACCUGCUGUGCAUAAGAAGGUACCUUGCCUUCGCUGCCCUGCUCAACCGCUCCCUGCUGCUGCCAGUAGUGCCGCGUGCUGCUGCUGCCUCUGGUGCUGCUUGGCACAAGGGGUCCUCCUGGUUCAAAGGUGAUCCGAGGCAGGGGAGCAGGGUGGCCUUAGGCUCUGCCGCUGCUGGCUCCUCCUCCUCCGUCUCCUCUUCCUCCUCCUCGCGCAAUUCUUUUCUCUUCAGCACCACUCCCCACACCACUCCCCACACCCUCCCCCACACCUCUGUGAGCGGCCUCCCUCGUUCCCCUUCCAGCGCCACUCGCAGGCGGCUCAUGGCCAGAUCUCUCAGGCGCCACAAAAGUACCAUCUCCAAUUCCUCUGUGAGCGGGCUUCCUCGUUUUAGUUCCCGCGUCACUCGCAGGUGGCCCAUGGGAGGCCAGGGAGGGGCGAGAAGACUGCUUCCUGAUGCAGGGGGUGGGAGUUGGAGGAGACUAGGAGCAGCGUCACGAGCUGCAUUAGGUGUACGUGAGGGGAGAGACCAAGGGGUAGACGUGGACGUGAGAGGGGCGAGGGGGCUGCUUCCUGAUGCAGGGGCCAGUGGGAGUCGGAAGAUAUCAAGAGCAGCAGGGGGAUCAUCAGCAGCAUCAUCAUCAUCAGCAUCAUCAUCAGCAUCAUCAUCAGCAGCAUCAUCAGCAGCAGCAUCAUCAGCAGCAUCAUCAGCAGCAUCAGCAGCAUCAUCAUCAGCAUCAUCAUCAGCAGCAUCAUCAGCAUCAUCAUCAGCAGCAUCAUCAGCAUCAUCAUCAGCAUCAUCAUCAGCAUCAUCAUCAGCAUCAUCAUCAGCAUCAUCAUCAGCAGCAUCAUCAUCAUCAGCAUCAUCAUCAGCAUCAUCAUCAGCAGCAUCAUCAUCAGCAGCAUCAUCAUCAUCAGCAUCAUCAUCAGCAUCAUCAUCAGCAGCAUCAUCAGCAGCAUCAUCAUCAGCAUUAGGUGUACAUGAGUGGAGGGACCUAGGAAUAGCCGUGGACGUGGGAGGGGCGAGGGGACUGCUUUCUGGGGCAGGGGCCAGUGGGAUUCGGAGGAGACUAGCAGCAGCAGGCGUGUCAGCAGCAGCAGCAGCAGGGGCACCCGAGUGGAUGGACCUAGGGGUAGCUCUAGACGUGGCAGCCCUGCAGCAGUGCGUGGGGCAAGGGAGGGUGGUGACUGUGGACGAGUAUCUCAGAGGGAAGGGCAGUGGGAGAGGGGGAGAGGAGGGGUGGCUGGCAAGAUUGGGGGGGAUGGGGAGCAGGAGUGGGGGGUGGUGGAAGCAGAAGGGGAGGAUGAGGGGAAGGGUGGGGAGGGUGGAGGUGCGGAUGUGGUGGUGGUGGCAUGGCGGCGAAUCCGUGCUCGCCACGUGUCAGCGGUUCAUUCGUGUGGCUCCAUGGGCGAAACUGUUACCGCAUGAUAGUACGGAUGGUGCCACACAUGGGGAUUCUACAGGCGGUGACACUGAUGCUGGUGCUAAUAAUAGUGAUACCAACGAUGGUGCUACUAACGAUGGUGCUACUAACGAUGGUCGUAGUAACGGUGACAGUGUUGAUAGUGGGAUCAGCAGCAACGACCCCGCUCAUCUCGCCCGCAUGUGCGCAUCGCCCCCCAUCCCUGCCACCAACGCCUCCCUCCGCCAGUUCCUUGCCUUCUUUGCCCGCCGCACAGAGCCGGUCAUAGGGCUGGGAGACGUGUUCGAGGUGAGGGGGAGGGUGGAUGAAAGGGAGAUGGAGGAGAGUGUUUCACAGGGACCUUCAGGGAAGCUGUUGGAGGAGGAAGAAGGAAGCCGCUUCAGCACAGAGAAACUGCUGGAAGGCCAUGCUAGCUCCGAUGAAUCGCCUGGUCUGUACAACGGUGUCAACCGUGCUCUCCCCUUAGUGAGAGGCGCUCACGCAAACUCGCGAGCAGAGAAGAUGCUUCAAGCCCAUGCUAGUUCUGACGGUCUACCCGGUCUCUACGAUGGCCUUAACGGUGCCGUCCCCGUUCUGCCGCCCUGCCGCCUCGCCAUGCGCCCGCACCCCGCUGUCCUCUCCGCCGCCCAUGCCUUCGCGCGGCAUGUGCUCGGCACACGCUUUGCCGCCCUGCACCUGAGGCGGACGGAUUUCGAAUCUCACUGUUCGAGACCGAACUUCCGCUGCUGGCUGCCGCUCUCCCAGAUAGCCAGAUGCUUGGCUGAUCGGAUCAAUGCGCUCAAUGCUGCUGCUGCUGCUGCUGCUGCUGCAGGAAAGGAGGGGGUCGAGAGGAGAGCAGCUGGGGGUGGUGCAGAUGGCGGUGCUGGCAGUGGAAGUGGUGGCAGUGGGAGCUGGCUGCAGCAGCAUCAAGUGCGGACGCUGUUCAUUGCCACAGACACCUCAGACCGGGAGCUCCACUGGUUCUCUCAAAUGCUCAAGUGCCUGGUGUGGGGCGAAGUACUCACAGCACAGUACCCUCGCUCUAAAUCAGCCGCGCCAGGAGCAGCAGAGCAGCAGGCAGCGGGCAUGCUGACUCACGGCAGCAGGAGAAACACCACGGAAAAUAUUGAUACGUGUCCGCUUUUGAAUGGACUGAAAAGCAAAGAUACGACACGAGCCCAUACACAGGAGCUCCUCUGGUUCUCCCAAAUGGUGAAGUCCCUGGUGUGGGGCGAACUGCUCAUAGUCCAGUACCCGCACGCCAAGUCGGCCACGCCAGGGGUGGCAGAGCUGCAGGCAGCGGGCAUCUUGACCCACGGCAGCACGAGAAGCACGGUCGAGAAGAUGAUCUGCGUCUAUGCGCACGUGUUCUGGGGCACGCCCCGGUCUACUUUCAGCAAGGAUGUGAUGAGAAUGAGGGGGGCAUUAGGGCUGGCGCACUGUGGGGAUGACUUUGUGUGCGGGGAGGAGGUGACUGAGGACGAGAGGUUGGGAGAGAUCAGGAGGAGAAUGAAUGCUUGAGUAGUCUGCUUCCCACAUGGGCAAUCCUCACAUAAGACUGGCCUUCCGACCAGGGUCCUCCCUUAGCAGACAAAAUCCGCAUAUUGAAUUUUAGUUCUUCCUGAUUUUCCAGGAACUAUGUGUCAAACAUAUUUGUAUAUGUUAUAAUAGGCUAGAUAGGUGCAUGCUCUUAAAGGGUUCAACCACUU